AAAUUGACAGCUUCUAUUUAAUUCUAUUCAAUUUUAAGAAUGUAACCAUUUUUUUAUCUCAAAAAAAAAAUAAUAAUAAUAAUAAUAAUGUAACCACAUUAUAAAGCACAACCACAACCACACCAAUCACAUUACUUCUUCUUCAUCAAUCUUCAUCUCCAUUUCUAUGGACUUCUUCUCAGCUCUACUCACCUCAUUUCUCUUCAUUCUCUUCUCUCUCUAUCUCUUCAUUCAUUAUUAUCAAACAACACCCAAUAUCACAACUUCCAGUACUUUCACAGCCAAAAGCUACCCCAUACUCGGUCACCUACUCGAAUUAAUCAACAACCGAAACAGAAUACUCGACUGGUUCACCGAUUUCCUUAAACAAAACCCAAACAACACCGUGCUCUUGAAACGCCCCUUCAAUCAAGUCACCAUCGAAACCGCCAACCCUUCAAACAUGGAGCACUUUGCCAAGACCAAUUUCGAGAAUUACCCCAAAGGCGAUUAUAUCUUAUCACUCUUCGGCGAAUUACUCGGCGGAGGGAUAUUCAACUCCGACCACGAACGCUGGAAGGUUCAGCGAAAGGCAGUGAGUCACGAGUUCAGCACUAAGUCAUUGAGAAACUUUGUCGUUGAAAGCGUCGUCUUCGAAAUCGAAACUAGAUUACUUCCGAUUCUCCAAAAGGCUUCCGAAACAGGGGAGAUUAUAGAUUUACAAGACGUUUUGGAGAGAUUCGCUUUUGAUAAUAUCUGCAAAUUAGCUUUCGAUGUCGAUCCCGGUUGUCUCUCUGCCGUCGCCGGUGAUGGUGGUGGUUCCGGCGAUGAACUGAUGAAAGCUUUUGCAGAAGCCGUCGAAAUCAGCUCCAAUAGGUUCAUGGAUUUGAUCCCUUUUAUAUGGAAGAUCAAGAGAUUUCUGAACGUUGGAUCAGAAAAACGUCUGAAACAAUUAAUCUCAACCGUUCAUAAAUUCGCAGAUGAGAUUAUAAAAUCAAGAAAAGAAGAGAAAAACACUAAAGGAGACUUACUGUCGAGGUUUAUCGAAGACGACGAGUUAAACUCGCCCGAGUUUUUACGAGAUAUCGUGACUAACAUGAUUCUCGCUGGACGAGAUACCACGUCAGCAGCUCUAUCCUGGUUCUUCUGGCUCAUCUCGUCAAGACCAAAAAUCCAAAAUAAUAUAUUAGAAGAAAUCAAGUCAAUCCGAGAUCGAACCACCGACGAUUCAAAUUUCAGAAACACUUACAGUUUUGAUGAAAUUAGAGAUAUGCAAUACUUACACGCGGCGAUAACGGAGAGUAUGAGACUGUACCCACCUUUGCCGGUGGAUUCGAGAGUGUGUAAAAACGACGACGUUUGGCCAGAUGGAACUUUGGUUAAGAAGGGUAGUUUGGUGUCGUUUCAUCCGUACGCGAUGGGGAGAAUGGAGAGUAUAUGGGGUGAGAAUUGCUACGAGUUUCAGCCGGAGAGGUGGAUGGUCGACGGAGUAUUUCGGCCGGAGAAUCCGUACAGGUAUCCCGUGUUUCAUGGAGGUCCGAGAAUGUGUCUGGGUAAAGAUAUGGCUUAUAUUCAAAUGAAGUCGAUUGCAGCUUCUGUGCUUGGGAGGUUUGAGGUGGACGUAUUGGAUAAAGACACGUGUCCUGAGCAUUUGCUUGUUGUGACUUUUAGAAUGAAAGGCGGUUUACCUGUGAGGAUUAGGAAAAGGAAAGGUCCUAAUUAAUUUAAUAAUCUUUUUCUUGCUUAUGUGGAUUAAUUAAUAUACAAGUAUGAAUGAAGGGUUUGGAUCAUAUGGUAUUUGAUAAGUCACCAUUAAUGAUUGGAAAACAAUUUCA